UUUCAUGUAUAUAUCUUGUAAUGGCAACCUCGACAACCAUAGAGACAUCAUCUCACUUGACAGUACCCAGCAGUUAUCGUUUAAAAUUUAACGGUUUCCAAUUAAUUCUCCGUGCGAAACUGUAAACUGUGAUUUGAGAAGUUUGGGAAUAAAAUUUUAAAAUUGUAAUCAAGUUUCUAUUGUUGGUGCUCGGCUAAGAAAAAAUGUCCAGAAAGCAUAUUACUGAUUUUCGAGGAGAAAUGGUGUACACGCCAAACGGAAGACCAUUUAAAAUAAAAGACGAGUUAGUUUCACCAACUGACGAAGGAUUUUUGGAGUCGGGUGAUUAUAGCUUUGAAAAUUUUAACUGCAAGAUGAGAAAAUCGCUGUCAGUGGGUGACUUAUCUACGUUAAAGCAAGACACUUACAGAAGAAGCAGAAAACAAUCUUGUACGCCAGAGCCAUCGAAAACUAAGUUUGUGUCCAUAGCUGAAUCCAUCUACCGCUUUCAGAGAGAUACGCCUGACCGUUUUCAUACUUGGAAGCGUAGUACGUUUGUUGGACAAGCAUCAUUUGUUCCUCAUGGCCUCACUCGCCCUCAGUCACCCAAACUUAGGUGUAAGGAUCGUGCCCGUUCACAUCACAUUCUGUCACAAAAGGAGAAAGAAGAAUUAGAAUUAGAGGAAAUAAGGAAAUCUAAAAUCAAAGCGAACCCCAUACCCAAAUCCGUAAUUGAAGGGCCCAAAAACUUACCUGAGAUUCAAAGAAAACCAAUCACAGUGCCCGAGCCAUUUCAAUUGACAGAAGUUAUUAAAAAGCCACCCCCUUCUCCAGAAUAUGUUUAUAAUUUUAAAGCUCGACCUGCGCCCAAACACAUCCUUGAGAAGCCAAAAGUAGAUCCGAUCAAGUCUCCUGCACCAGUGACUAAGGCAGUGAGCCCUAAAUUCCAUUGUAAAAAAGCAAAACCUGUUGAUUGUCUAAAAAGUAACUUGAAAAAAAAUGAAAAUCAACCCAACAAGUCAGAGAAACACAUCAAGACCCUGAAACAUCAUGGCCCCGUCAAACCAGAACCGUUCUCAUUUGAAAAAAGAGAUGAGGAGUUAAAACGCAAGCAUGAGGAAAAUAUUAAACGCCAACUGGAAGAGGAACGAAAGCUUGCGUCUCAGUUUAAAGCCCAACCAUUGCCUGCAGGAGUUAAAAAGAGAAUGCAAAUUAUAACCAAUAGGACUGCUGCAUCUUCCAACUCAUCGGAGAACAAAGAAAAUUGUGUAAAGUUUGAGGCAAAACCACCUGUGGUUUUAUAUAAGAAACCCUUCAAGCCAGUUCUACAAACAACUCAAACAAUGGCUAAGCCUUUUGACUUGGCAACAGAGAAAAGAGCAACAGAGAGGGAGCAGUUUGACAAGCUGUUGAAAGAGAAAGAGGAAGAAAAUAAAAAAUAUAUUCAGCAAAAAGAAAAAGAGCAACGGGAGGCAGAGGAAAAGGCCCUACAAGAACUGAGAGCUAAACUAGUGCACCACGCAAAACCUAUCCCCCCAUUAGUUCCUAACCUUCCGGAAAAGCUUAAUAUACCUCUCACAGUUCCCGAAACACCCAAGUUUGUUAGGAGACUAAAAAAUAAAAAAGUUUGUUAGUGUAUAUAUCUAAUUGAUGAUAUUUUAAAUAUAAUAAUUAUGACUUUAUUUUUAUAACAAUUUUAAUUUAAAUAUUUUUUGUGAUAAACUAGGAAAGAGCCACAAGAAGGGAGAGCUAAAGUAAUGCACCACAUAAAACCUAUUCCUCCAUUAGUUCCCAACCUUCCAGAAAAGCCUAAUAUACCUCUCACAGUGCCUGAAACACCCAAGUUUGUUACAAGACUGAAAAAUAAAUAGUUUAUUAGUCUAUAUUCAAUUUUUCACACUUACUAAUUAUGACAAUUAACUAAUUAAAAUUAGUUUUAUUUAAAAAAAUAUUAUGACUUAAUUUUGACAUUUUUAAUGUAAUUUUACUUAGUAAUAGUAAUUUAGAUUUGUAUUUUUGUAAUAAAUAUGUAUGGAAUAAU